UUUCGCUGAUAUAUAUAUUAUAUUAUAUUAUAUUAAUGGUUGGUCGUAUCUUUGUGGAAGUUUGGAUUACAUUAGUCAUUAGGAUAAAUAUAAGGAUUUAUGAGAGAGAGGGAAGUGAAAAGAAGUGUGAGAAUGGAUGAUAAGUAUAGUCACAUCCACACUUCUCCCCUUGCCUUUGCACUCACCGUCUCUUGCUUCUUCUGCAUCGGUUUGCCACAUUCCCACUCUGAAAAAUUGCUGCUGCCACUGCCAUCACCGCCGCCGCCGCCACCGCUUUGUGCUGAGCAGUCAUACAUGUGCAACAUAAAGGUUUCCGGCAUCUUGGAUCCUGUCUGGAAACAGAUUCCUCCCUCUCAGUGUAUCGGCACCGACCCAUCACCCCAGCUCAGCUGCUCUGUUCCUUAUUAUGAAUCUCAAAAUUUCACACUGAAGAAGGUCAACCACACCACUCACACCAUGACGGUGGUGCCAACAUACACUGUCAACGAUUUGUGUUCUCAUGAUGUUUUUUACAUUUACGACAACUUGAACAACAGUCUGUUACGACAUUACGAGUCAGUAUACAACGUCAUCGUAUUCUUCGGUGGUUGUCCUCAUAGCAUCCCAGGUUUCCCUUUAGAACGCAGUUUUAAAUGCGGGGAUGCUGCGUUCUAUUUUGGGGAGGAGGAUGAGAUGUUGCACAAAGUACCCGCAUCGCUUCUGGAUUGCAAGAGAAGGUUGCUAAUGCCCAUUGCCGCUCCUCUCGAUCAUUAUGAUAAUAAAGAUGGUGGAGCUGAAGUUCUUAUAGAAGCUCUGGCGGAUGGGUUUGAGAUCUCCUAUAGUCCUCUUCAACAUUGCACAGGAUGCAACCAAAGUAUCGGAAAUUGCUGGAACGAUGGUUAUGAUUAUGAUGGAGAUGUAGUUUCAUGCAACUACUAUUGCCCAAAUCAUUACUGUUCUUCCAAAAGGAGUGGACGACUGAAUUGGAGAACGAAAAUCAUUAUAGGUAGUGCAAGUGGAGCAAUGGGAAUAUUCAUGAUAUGCCUCAUAAUAGGUUGUAGAAAACGUAUGUCAUCAACAAGAAAGGAAAAAUUUCAUAUUACUAAUGAGCAGGAUAUUGAAGUAUUCUUAAAAGAUCAUGGAACUCUAGCACAAAAGAAAUAUACAUUUUCAGAAGUCAAGAAAAUGACCAACAAUUUCACGGUUAAAGUGGGUGAAGGUGGAUUUGGUGUUGUAUACAAAGGAGAGUUACGCAAUGGUUAUCAUGUGGCUGUAAAAUUAUUAAGGGCAUCAAAAGGAAAUGGCAAAGACUUUAUCAAUGAAGUUGCCAGUAUCAGUAGAACUUCUCAUGUUAAUGUUGUCCAACUUCUUGGAUUCUGUUUAGAAGGAAAGAAGAAAGCCCUUAUUUAUGAAUUCAUGCCUAAUGGUUCCCUCGACAAGUUCAUCAGUAAUAAGGGACUAGAAAGAACUUCAUCUUUGACUUGGGAUAAUCUGUUGCAAAUUGCAAAAGGGAUAGCCAAAGGAUUAGAGUACUUGCACAAGGGAUGCAACACUCGUAUUUUACANUUUGACAUAAAACCACAUAACAUUCUUUUGGAUGACAACUUCUGUCCCAAGAUAUCAGACUUUGGGCUUGCAAAACUUUGUCCUGGGAAAGAGAGCACUAUUUCAGUUUCAGANGCNAGAGGAACNAUAGGNUAUGUAGCUCCUGAAGUGUGCAACAAACAUUUUGGUGGAGUAUCACAAAAAUCUGAUGUGUAUAGCUAUGGAAUGAUGCUACUAGAAAUAGUGGGAGUGAGGAAUAAUAUUAAUGAAGAAGCCACUGAAACAAGUGAAUACUUCCCAGAUUGGAUAUACAGAAAGCUGGAGCAAGACCAAGAUCUGAGAAGUGAUGAUGUGAUAGCGUCAAAAGAAAAAGAGACAGAAAGGAGAAUGAUUGCAGUUAGUUUGUGGUGCAUUCAAACGUUUCCAAAGGAUAGACCUACUAUGAGUAGAGUAAUAGAAAUGUUAGAAGGCAACAUCAAUUCCCAUGAAAUACCCCCAAAACCUGUUCUUUCUUAUCCCUCCAUUGGAUUGGUGCAAGAAUGGAGCACUAGUUCCUUUCAGUCUGAGUAG